AUGGCCCGCAGGCGGAGGCUGGCAGAAAUCUCCAGAUUGUUGACAGAGCCCACAGAGGAAGAGGGUCCUGGGAGCAGGCCCAGAUCCAGAGGGAUGAAUUACCAGCAGUAAUUGAAUUACGGCCACUAUCUGGAAAACUACUUGAUUGCUCCAGGUAUAAUAUAGGAGCUUGAAGAACAAUGCAGGUGAUUUGUGAAAGCCUGCAGAGCCCAGAAGCAGCCUAUUUCCUUCAAUGCUGAAUAUCAGCAGAAUCUUCAGAGGAUGGACUUUGUGCAUUUGGUUAUCUGA